CUUCUCCACUCCUCUCCGUGCUCCGAUCUCGACCCUUCUCUCCUUCUCCCUAAAUUCCAACUAGGACCCAUUUUCCGGGACAAAAUUCCGACCCGACCCAGAUGGGAAUCUGCAGCUCCACGAGCUCGACCCAAGUGGCCACCGCCAAGCUUAUUCUACCCGACGGCAAACUACAGGAGUACUCCUACCCCGUCCGGGUUUCCUACGUCCUCCAGAAGCACCCCGCUUGCUUUAUAUGCAACGCCGACGAGAUGGACUUCGACGACGUCGUUUCCGCCGUCAACGACAACGACGAGCUCCACCCGGGGCAGCUCUACUUCGCUUUGCCGACGAGCUGGCUCAAGCAUCCCUUACAGGCCGAGGAGAUGGCCGCAUUGGCCGUCAGAGCCAGCUCCGCUCUCAUGAAGAGCGGCGGCGAGAAAUGCGGCUUUCGGAAAAAUUCCGUUUCUCCGGUGACUUUUUCCGGCGAUGAGGUGAAGUCCGGCCGGACCACCGGCGGGGCGAGGAGGGGGAGUGGUAGUGGGGGGAGGAAGUUAUCGGCAAUGUUGAGUGCGAUACCGGAGUAGGGAGGGGUAGUUUGGGAAUAUUAAGGAGGAGGGUUUGUGUAAAUAUGGUGUAAUCAUCUUGUGAUUAAGGGGAGUUUAGGUAGAGUUUUAGCGGGGGGUCUCGGUGAAUUACCGGAGGGUAAUUUUUUUUCUUUUAAUUGUUGUACCGGCAACCAUUUUUGGGGAUGUGUCACAAUUUUGGCCCUAGAUGGUUUUGAAAAAACAGAAAAAUAAAUUAAUCUAUUCUCAAAAUUCAAAUCUUCA